AUGGCAGCGGCAGCAGUAGAACCCUCGUCAACCCAAACAGAAGCCCGGCAAGCAGCCCAAGCAUAUCUCAACUCCCGCCUCACCAAUGGCACAUCAACCCCAUCAACAAAUCCCGGCCAAAAAUCCCCCUUCACCAUCCCCGUAAUCGACAUCUCUCCCUCAUUUUCCCCCAACCUCGCCGACCGCAAAGCAGUCGCCGCCCAAAUCCACGCCGCCUGCAGCACCUCGGGCUUCUUCCAAAUCACCGGCCACAACAUCCCCUCUUCCACCCGGCAAGGCAUCCUCGACCUGGCGAAACGCUUCUUCCACACCUUGCCCCGGGAGAAGAAAGACGCCCUGCACGUCCGCCACUCCAAGUAUUUCCGCGGCUGGGAGCCAGCGGAGUACACGUACGUCAACCCGGCGGACUGGACCGGUGAGCAAGCAGCACCCGAGACGAAGGAGGGGUUUAAUUGGGGGUACGAAGAAGGGCUGGAUGCUACGGGUGGGGACGGGGCGUACGUGGAACUCGAUGGCGGGAAGGGCAACGGGAAUGUGUGGCCGCGGGAAGAGGAUCUGCCGGGUUUUUAUGCGACGGUGCGGGAGUAUUAUGCGGAGGUGUUGGGGUUGGCGAGGCAUUUGUUCCGGUUGUUUGCGCUGGCGUUGGGGUUGGAGGAGGGGGCGUUUGAUGGGAUGGUGACGCAUCCCGGCGGGAUCGCGAGACUGCUCUACUACCCUCCUUCGAAGGACCCGCGGCCGCUGGAGGCUGGGAGGAAGGACGAUGAGAUUGGUCUGGGUGCGCAUACGGAUUAUGAGUGCUUUACCAUUCUGCUGUGCUCGUCGGCGCCCGGGCUUGAGAUUCUGAGUCCGGAGGAUGAGUGGGUGGAAGCGAAGGCGGUGGAGGGAGGUUUCGUGGUGAAUGUGGCGGAUUUCCUGAUGAGGUGGACGAAUGGGGUGUAUAAGAGUACGGUGCACCGGGUGGUGAAUCGGACGAGGGAGGAGAGGUACAGUGUGCCGUUCUUUUUCAGUAUUAAUUAUGAUCAGAUGGUUGAGACAUUGCCGAGUUGUAUUACGCCUGGCAACCCUUCGCGGUAUCCGCCUGUGAGGGCUGGGGAGUACGUGUUGGAGCGGUUGAAGGCGACGGCGAAGGAUGGGUAG